AUGCUGCAGGGGGCCAAGGACAAAAUGAGUGGGCCACUUGCCUCUGGGACCUGCUCAGAUCCAGAAGAGGCUUCUGACCUUAAGUCUCCGCUGAGCUCAAGGUUCAGAGAACCUCUCACCCACGCUCGGUUCCAGGAGCUCUUCGGGGGCGCAGAGCCGGAGCCGGAGCUGCCAGCCGAGCCCUGCCUACCCUGGUUGUGCAGGCUGCGGAGGAGGCGAGCCAGCGCCUGUUCUGGGCCGGGGGCGUGGCGCGUGCUGCUGGCACGGCUGCCCCCGCUGCGUUGGCUGCCCCAAUACCGCUGGCGAGCCUGGCUGCUCGGAGAUGCUGUGGCUGGAGUAACCGUGGGCGUUGUGCACGUGCCCCAGGGCAUGGCUUUUGCCCUCCUGACCUCGGUGCCCCCGGUGUUCGGACUCUACACGUCUUUCUUUCCUGUCCUCAUCUACAGUUUACUGGGCACUGGGAGACACCUGUCCACUGGAACUUUCGCAGUACUCAGUCUAAUGACCGGUUCUGUAGUCGAGAGGGUGGUGCCCGAACCCCUCGCGGGGAACCUCAGUGGAAUCGAAAGGGAGCAACUGGAAGCUCGGAGAGUUGGGGCGGCAGCCGCUGUGGCCUUCGGGAGUGGGGCGUUAAUGCUGGGGAUGUUCGUGCUGCAGCUUGGUGUCCUGUCCACCUUUCUAUCCGAGCCUGUGGUCAAGGCGCUGACCAGCGGGGCCGCGCUGCACGUGCUGGUGUCCCAGCUGCCAAGCCUCUUGGGAUUGUCUCUCCCACGCCAGAUCGGCUGCUUUUCUCUCUUCAAGACGCUGGCCGCGGUGCUCAGCGCCCUGUCCCAGAGCAGUCCUGCAGAAGUGACCAUCUCGGCUCUCAGCCUGGCGUUGCUAGUGCCAGUCAAGGAACUAAACGUGCGAUUCCGGGACAGGCUACUCACUCCGAUCCCAGGAGAAGUUGUCAUGGUGCUUCUGGCUACAGUGCUCUGCUUCACCUCUUCCCUGGACACAAGAUACAAUGUCCAGGUAGUGGGACUAUUGCCUGGAGGAUUUCCCCAACCCCUCCUCCCCACCCUGGAUGAGCUGCCCAGAAUACUGGCCGACUCCCUGCCUAUCUCGUUGGUGACUUUUGCUGUGUCCACCUCUCUGGCCUCCAUCUACGCAGACAAGUACAGCUACACUAUUGAGCCCAACCAGGAACUCCUGGCCCACGGUGUCUCCAACCUCAUUUCUUCUCUCUUCUCUUGCUUUCCCAACUCGGCCACACUGGCUACAACCAGCUUAUUAGUGGAUGCUGGUGGGAAUACACAGCUGGCAGGCCUCUUCUCCUGCGCAGUGGUCCUGGCAGUGCUGCUGUGGCUGGGGCCCUUCUUCUACUACCUGCCCAAGGCUGUCCUGGCUUGCAUCAAUAUCUCCAGCAUGCGCCAGAUGUUCUUUCAGAUGCAAGAACUUCCGCAGCUCUGGCACAUCAGCCGUGUGGACUUUGCUGUGUGGAUAGUCACGUGGGUGGCUGUCGUGACCCUGAAUGUGGACCUGGGCCUGGCUGUGGGUGUGGUCGUCUCUAUGAUGACAGUGGUCUGCCGAACUCAGAGGGUGCAGUGUCUGGCGCUUGGAUUGGCUGAGGGGACGGAGCUCUACAGGCCAAUCAGAGAGAGCCGUAAGCUCCUCCAGGUUCCAGGUCUGUGUGUCCUGAGUUAUCCAGCACCCCUCUACUUUGCAACCCGUGGGCAGUUCCACCGCAUCUUGGAGUGGCAUCUGGGGCUUGGAGAGAGAAUAAAGCCAGGUGUUGAGCCCAUCAGAGUGGCUAUCCUAGACUUCAGUGGUAUCACUUUUGUAGAUGCUGCAGGAGCCCGGGAAGUGGUCCAGCUCACCAGGCGGUGCCAGGACGAUGGGAUCUACCUUCUCUUGGCUCAGUGUAAUGCCAUGGUGCUCGAGACCUUGACCCGGGCGAGAGUCCUGGAUAGCCUGUCUCCAGAACAACUCUUUGUGAGCGUCCAGGAUGCAGCUGCGCAUGCGCUGGAGAGGCUGAAACCUACUGGCCCAAAGAUUUGCACAGUGUGGGUCUGACCAUGCACUUAGAGUGUGAGGAAGGCCACGCUCCUUGAGCUCCUCCCCAAUGCAGCCAAUAAAAUGAAGCUGAGAAUA